CGCAUCGUCCGAUCGCCAUUUUCACAGGAUUGCAGACGAAAUACUGUUUUCUUACAAAAAAUGUAGCAUUUUGAUGCUGUAAGAUUAAUGUCUUCGGCUUUGGCUAUGUUUAGAACCAAAACAACUCAUGGGGAUAUUAAAAAAUCAGCACAGAAAGUUUCUGACCACAAGAAAGACAGUAUCACCAGGCUGAAACACCUUCGGCUUGUAAUAGAUAAUUAUGAAGUUAUUGAGGCUAAAGCAUUCUUUGAGAGCAAUUACUCCCACAUAUAUUACAUAUUCAAUGACAAUUUUGCUACAGUAGAAGCUGAUUUAAAGCAGAGAGCCAACAAAGCACACAGAGAAGAAUUGGAAGGAAUUCUCAAUAUAUUUGAGAAAAUAUUGUUGUUGUUACCAGAGUUAGUUCAAAGAAGAUGGAUGUUUCACAGUAUUGGUCGAAUAAUGAAGAAACUGCUUCAUCCUGGAAAUGGUAUAAAGACAAGAAAAGAAGGAAUGCGAUUGUUCAUUAUUUGGUACCAGAUAUUACAGGAGAGUGCUUCAGAGGAAUGUCAUGACAUUUUUCUACAACUGGUUCCUGGUUUGGGUGAUGGUAUAGAUCAAACAGCUCUUCAAAGCAAAUCAACUGCAGACAGUUUUGGUGGGAUGAUAUCUCCUGAUGAAAUAACACCAAUUCUACCCAGCAGUGGAGAGAAACUUCCAGAUAAUGUUACAAAACAUUUCUUUGACUGUCUCAUUUAUUACUUAGUGUCAGAGGUGUCUAAAAUUGUAUGGCUGAAUGACAGAAUGAAAGAGACUGGAUUUGUUUUUCUGUUUUAUAAAUUUAAGAGUUCUUACCUAAAAUGGUUGUUACCAGAUUUUGAUAAAAAUAGUAGUGUUUACAGACCAGAACUAGAUUUACCCAGCGUCAGAAAGAUGGAAGACAUGAAGAGUAAGGACUUACCCAAUAAUGUGGCAGAAUGUAGAUACUCUUAUAUUAAAUGGUUGGCACAUUUCAUGAUAAACAGAAAACAAGAAGAUGAAACAAGGGAACCUGAACAGGAAACCACAGAUUCAACAGAUGUUGAUCCAUCAAAAGAACAAGUUGAGUUUAGGAAUAAUACAGCAGAGAGAAUGCCAGGCAGCAAUACAAGUACCCUGUCUACAACCUCUCAUGGCUCGGAACAUGAUUCUACCAACUCAAGUCUUUGUUAUGAAGAAUUUGAAAAUGAAAAUGAUAUUGUUAGAAGUGUCUUAUUUUCAACCCGAGAAAAUGUUAAUGUUAUACAUGAAUCUUUCAGACAAGCAUUGUUGUUUACAUUCAAACAGGCAAAAGCUAUAAAAACUGUAAUUGGUGUGUACAAAGAUUGGUUCCAGCAUGCUGAUUGUAAACCAAUUUUUAUGCAAGAGCCUUGUGAUAUGGAGCAUGGAAGUCAUAAUAGAGAAACACCAGAAAUACCUUCAACUUUAUCUGAUAUCUUAGAGGAGGAUGCUUCAUCAGAUGAAUCAACGUUAAUGAAUUCUGGAAGAAUCAUGCCAUCAUCUUCAGAGAGAUUAGACAAAACUGGUGUGUGUAUACGUAAUCCCUCCUAUCUUGGUGCAAUAGAUGAUUUGGCAGAGGAUCAUUCUCACUGUGACAUACAAGCUGGUGUACAGAAAGUAUUACAGAUCUUUAUAACUAAUGCUUCUAAUGUCUUCCUUCUACAAACAGAAGAUUCAGAAAUGUUGGUAGAACAGGUUGACCUCUGCAAAAAGGUGCUUAAUAUUUAUAGAUUUCUUGUGAUGAACGUCAAGAUGGAACAGAGAACUUGGGAACAGAUGUUGCAGGUUCUUUUGUCUAUUACAUCUGGGGUGCUUGAUACCACAGUGCCUAAAGAAAAAGAAAAGUCACUAGGAGGAAAACUGGCGCAAGCAAUAUUUCAGACUUUAAUAGUAACCUGGAUAAAGGCAAACCUGAAUGUUUUUAUUAGUGUAGAACUGUGGGACAAGUUCUUAGCUGUCCUGUCGUCCCUAACUUCAUGGCCUGAACUAAUAACAGAAUGGGCGAAAACUAUGGAAACUCUGACUCGUAUGUUGGCAAAACAGGUUUACAAUUUAGAUUUACUGGAUUUGCCAUUACAGAGAUUAAGUGAACAAAAGGAAAAGAGAAGGCGUGGAAGAAGUCAAGAUAUUCCGAAAAGUAAAGUCAAUGACAAGAGCUUUUCUAAAGCAUGGAGUAAAAGUGAUUUACCAACGGAAACCCAUUCAUCUUCUAAUAUACAUGGGUCAACAUUUGAAAGAGGGAAACUGAAUAAAAGUGAUGGAGCAGGAGGAAGUAGAUCCCGGCCUGAUUUAGGAAAACAAAGAUCCAGCAGUAAUGUAGCCUCACCUACUCACUCUAGAACACCUUCAAAUGCCUCAGAUACAGCUCUCUAUGUCCACUCAAAAACUACAGAAAACUUUUUUCAUGACCCAGCAGAAUUUUUAGAGCAAUUGAAGGGAAGCUCAACACUUACUUCACCAAAAGAUGAAGACAAAUGCAAUGAUGUAGAAAAUGGGGUAUUUGCUGAAACAUCAUUUAUUUUGGAUUCAGCAUGUGACAUUACUAUUAUUCAAUCUCCACCUGGUAAUGUUUCAGCGGUUACCCAUAAUUAUGGAAAAUCUUGGAGUAUGGAAGAUGUAUUUCUUUCUUUCUUUGGAAAGAAGAGGGCGGGCUCGAUUGGUACAGAAGACCAGGAGGUGGCCUCCAUUACUAUGUCUUCAUUGGAGGACGCAGAUAAGCUACUAGACGACAGUACAGAUAUCAACUUUGAUAAAAGAUAUUCACGAUCUCCAUCACCUGGAUCUGUGAAUUCUAGAACUCCUUCACCAAUAUGUGAAUUAAAUGUAGAAAACCAAACACUUAACAAAGACAGUCCAUCAGCAGACAGGGACAGUCUACACAUAGAAAUGGUUGUUGCCUCAGAUGAAUCUCAUCUAGCUACAGUAUCUGAAUCUUUAGAGGAUAUGAAAGGGGUGUUAGCUGGAGGCUUGGUAACAGGAUGGACACCAGAUGUGGCUGUAGGGUUGUGGAGACGCAUGCUAGGCACUUUAGGAGGAAUCAAUAGAAUAGAAGAUGCAGAAAAUCACGCACUUGUGUUUGAAGAGCUGAGUUUAUUGAUUGAAACAAUGAAUAAGAUGAAAGAGAAUGCAGGUGUAUCAUUAGACAAUUUGUCAUCACCAUUGCCAUCAGAAUAUAUACCACCGCUCUUUUAUUUUGCACCAUGGCUUUUUGAGUGUUUAUCCUUGUCCAAUAAAUACAAGAGAGGAAAGUUGUUAGCCUACCAACUGUUAUGUCAGAUGAUAGUUCAACGACAUGAUGUUCCUGUUCCUUCAGAGAUGGCCUCUCAGUUUUAUCUCUUAUUACACAGAGGAUUAGUGUCAAACGAUCAGGAUAUUAUCAAUGUUUUAGUAAAAUACUGUGGUGUCAAGUUUCUGUCAAUGUCAGUAACAGGAUCAUCAUUAUUAGUAUUAGAUUUCAUACAGGCAGCUGGAGCUGUUAUCUCAGCUGUUGAUAUCAAUGCUUGUCCAAGACCUGAAGCAGUGUCAAUAUUAGGAGGCCUGACUUGUUUUCCUAAUCACUUCACAGAAUUUCAAGUGAUAGACUCCAAUUAUCUCAUGCUGAAAAAGUUACAGUCUAAAGAUUUCAAGGAACAGAUAAUGAUUCAUCUCCUACGAGCUGGAAAGAAAGAACAAAGUGGAUAUGCUAGAUCAGUAGCAGUUAGUGGUAUUGGUAUAUUUCUGUAUGAAGAAUUAAGUCAUGGUACAUUACACCCUAAACUUAAUGAGGCCUUUAUUGUCAUCUUUGGUAAUCUAAGGUGUGUGAACAGAAGUGUUGCUAGGGUUGCUACAGAUAUGUUAACAAUGUUGGUGGACCAUAUAAAAGUAUUACUUGAUUAUCAUCCAGAAUUACCAAAGAGAAUUAUUGAGGUUGUGAUGGCUACAGUAUCAACAUUAAUUCCUGUGUCAGGAAUUUCAAAUUCUGAUGAGGAAAAAAAGCUAAUAAUUUCUAUGAUGUUCUGUGUUGUGGAUUGGUGUAUGCACAUGCCUAUUAAUUCACUUCUAGAAACAACAGACUCGGAUAAAGGAUGUAUAUAUAAAGUCUUUCAGAUGUUGAAUUAUGCUGUUUCUGGUCAUUCUGAGGAAACCUUGAAUCAAGUUAAGCAGUCACUUAUUGGUAUGAUACAAGAUGCAGAUUUUGACAACUUACGAGAUCUGACAUCUAAUUAUACUAGGAGGCCUAGUCCAGAUAAAAUGUCUAGUCGGUCGUCAGAUAGUCCUAAACCAGAAUCUCAUGAUACAGUCAAACUGGCUGCUAAAACUCUUAUAAAUCAUCUAGUCAACCAUUUGUGCCAUUUCCCAAUGGGAUCAGGAGCCUCCAGAAUAAACAGUUCUAUACAGGAGUUCCAUGACUGGGAAGACAUGACCUGUGAUGACCUCAAGUCAGAUCUCUUCUUCUCACCGAACCUACAGUUUUUCAUUUUGAACAAAAGAACUUUGAUAUCAUUCAUAGAGCUUUCUGCAUUGACCAAUGCUCCAGGAGGUGGAGUAACAGCAGGAUUGACCACUGCUAGAACUGUUUGUCGUGUGAUAUUGAGAGACCUUACUGGAAAAUACUCAUGGGAUAGUUCUGUACUCUAUGCCCCACCAUGGUGUAACAAAGGAUCUUCUCUAAAUAAUGCCAAAGCUUUGCUUGAUAUUUGUACAGAAAUUGAGAGGGAGCCACUCUUAAUACAAGAAGAGGAAAUACCACAAUCAAUACUCCCUCGUACUGCUCAUAGAUCUACUUCACAGAUUCCUUAUCACCAAACAGAUAAUGAAAAGGAAUAUGACAAUUUAAAUGAUCUCCUAGGUUAUAUUGGCUAUACAAGCCCUGAGUGUAUCUUGGAACCAGGUUUACCAUUGAAUGUUGAAGCACCUAUUCCAGAAGGUUUAAGUGAAGAUGCUGAAAACGUUGUUACAGAUAUGGUGAUAGAACAGAAAGAAGGAGAGCUGGAAUAUUACCAGAAAAAUAAAAAUAGUCAAAGACAUGUGGAGAAUGUGAAUUUGAUUGCUCAGCCACAGAUGCCAUUAGAGGUCCAGGAUCCUGUAUCACCAUUUCAAAUUUGUAGGAUGCUUCUUAAUCAAAUGGGGCUGUUAGCAUGGGAGAAAAGAUGCAGUUUUGAUCUUCUGAAGAAAUCAGACAGUAUGCUUAGACAGCUAAAGUAUUUAGAUAAUCAAAAGUGUCGAGAAACCCACAAGUUUGCUGUGAUAUAUGUAGCAGAAGGACAGGAAGAUAAAAACUCAAUCCUAAAUAAUACUGGAGGGAGUAAAGCUUAUGAAGACUUUAUAUCAGGAUUAGGAUGGGAGGUUGACUUAGAAACUCACCAGGGAUUCCUUGGAGGUUUACAUCAGAACAAAUCUACAGGAGAUACUGCUCCUUAUUUUGCUACAUCUUUGUAUGAGUGUAUAUAUCAUGUAUCUACCAGAAUGCCCUCCGGUUCAGAUGAAGCAAUUCAUACAAAGAUCAAACAUUUAGGAAAUGAUGAAGUACACAUUGUAUGGUCAGAACAUUUCCGUGAUUAUAGGCGAGGUAUUAUACCUACAGAGUUUGGUGAUGUUAUAAUAGUCAUUUACCCUUUACCUAAUGGUUUGUACAGAAUACAGAUCAUCAGGAAAGCAGAGAUUCCAUAUUUUGGACCUCUAUUUAAUGGUGCAAUAGUGGAUCGUAAAAUCCUGCCAGGUCUAGUCAGGGCUGCUGCAAUAAAUGCAAGUCGUAUUAAAAGGGCUCAAAUGUCCUUGUAUCACUCAUUUUAUGAGGAACGUGCCAAAGGUUUCGACACAUUAGUACAAAAUCACAUAGACAUGACAAUGUUUGAAGAUUUCUCAGCAAGUGUGUUUGCCCCAGUUCUACCAGCUAAUUCUACAAUAUGUGACCAAACUACAGACUUGCCACAGAGUGCAAGUUCCAGUUCAUUAGAACAGACAUUUACGAGUCCUGAUCAAAUGUCACCCUCUAGUGCUAGACAAAGUCGAGUAUAUAACUGAAGAGAUGUGGUAGUAGCACUGAUACUGCUAAUGAAGAAGGCCCUAUUAAAAGAACAGCCAGAAGACUGUCAUUACGCUCAAGAAAAACAGGAAAAUCUACUUCUGUAACUCCUCCUUCUAGUCCACUUUUAAAACAGUAAUGCAAGUCAUCUCUAGCAGAAUUAACAUUGUAUGAAUUAUUUAUUUAAAGGGUUGUUUACAGUUUAACAAUGCAAGUUAUUUUGUUUAGAAUCUCUCCAAAUAUAUUUACAGUCAGUUAUCUUACCUUAGGCUUAUCCUUCAAGCAAAAUUUUACCAUAUUCUUAACCACGUUUGUCCCAAACAUUUGUGGACUAUAAAUGAACAGUAUUACUAUGGGAUUAUUUGUAUGCCCCACCGACGAUAGAUAAACAAAAUAAUAACCAAUUGAAAUCUACAAUAUAUAUUUUGUGUGAAACCACAUAUAUAGAUAGGUUAUUACUUGUUAACAGAGAUAUGCCAGAUCAAAUGUUUGAAAGAAUUCCAUUUUAAUAUGAAACUUAUAAAAUGGUAUGUGAAGGAAAACCAACAUCUGUCAAAUGUAUAUGGAGUUUUUCUUCUAAAAUCAAGGCAUAUAUUGAAGAAUUUUUAUGUUAAGUGUGUAUGAAAAAUGUGUUUAAAGUUAUGGUGGAUGAUUUAAAAUCUCAUUUUAUGGUGAUCACCCUUUGAUUUUUAGGAAUAGAGCUACAUUGAAGGUGAUAAUUUUAACACUUUGAUAGGCAUCAUAUUAUUAUACAAACUUCAUCAGGAUACAAAAAGAGCUAAUUGUAAUGAAUAUCAGAAAGAAAAAAGUUUAGCAAUAAAUUUCAGAAAAAUGAGAUAUUUUUAUAAAUUUUGAAAAAAGAACUAUUUUUAAUGAAAUCUGAAAAAGGGCUUUUUAAAAUGAUUUUAGAUAUAAAAGAGCUAAUAAUAACGAAAUUUCAGAAAUAAAAGAGAUAUUUUUAUGAAUUCUGAAAAUGGAGCUACUUUUAAUGAAUUUUGAAAAAAGAGCUUUUCAGUAAUGAUUUGAGAAAUAAAGAGCUAUUAGUAAUGAAUUUCAGGAAAAAAGAGCUUUUGUUAUGAAUUUCAGGAAAAAGAGCUUUUGUAAUAAAACUUUUAAAAAAAGAGAUAAUUGUAACGAAUUUCAGUAAAAAGAGAUAAAUUGCAAUGAAUUUCAAAAAAAAAAGAGAUAAUUGUAGUGAAUUUCAGAAAAAAAAGAGAUAAUUGUAAUGAAUUUCAGAAGAAAAAAAAGCUGUUUGUAAAGAUUUCAGAAAAAAGCUAUUUAUAAUGCUAAACAUGGUUUUAAAUUUGUGUAAAAGAAAUUCUUAUCUUUUUAUCUAUCCUAAUAUUGGAGUGGGUGAGAAUAUAACACCUAGCUGCAAAUUUUGCAUGAAUAUUCAAGGAUGAGAACAUAUUAGUAUGGUGUUUACUGUUAUAAACUUAUAAAUCUUGCUUUGUUCUAGACCAACACACUGAGCCAGAUAUUCAGUUUUAUAUGGCAUCCCAUCCGGACUCUGUAUUCUUACUUUUAGUCAACUAUUAUUUGAUCUUAUCCCAAAGUGCUGCAUGCUAGGACCGAAAAGCAGCAGCAUUUACCAUUACUAAUAUCUGUUUUCUUGCACUUGUUGUGGGCAUGAAAGUAAAGAUCACAGAUGGAGUUACAAGUAAUUCAAAAAGAAAGGGUGGAAAUCUUUCUGAAAAUUUUCUCUUUGAAAAGUCUUAUUCAUUCCUCUAUUAAAAUCACAGGGGAAGUCACCUUAAGGUUCAAAUAUUAUAUUAUAACUGGGUUUUUGUAUUAUUAUUAAAGUGUUCAUUUAUAUUUAUUUAUUAAAGGUAUUUGAUAUUUAUGUGUAGUCCUGUUAAUACUAAUGAUACUUUGGAUUCAUUAUUAUUUGCUGAAUACCAAUAUUUGUGGAUAUCGGGGUAAAUAUCCCAAGUUUUCCUAAAUCCACAAAAAUUGGCACCAUGAUAAUAAAUGAAUCCACUGUAGGCGUAGUCUGUUAGUUAUCAUAGUUAAAGCUAGGCUGUGAUAUCAAAUAUUGUGUAUUAUUUUAUAAAUUUUAACAUUUAGCAUCUUUUAAUACCAUAAACCAAAAGUUGCAAUUGAAAUGUGAGUUUCUGUUAAGGUAGACCAGAUAAAUUUGGAAUAGAUGGAGGUGUUGGGGUUUUACUACAUCUCUAUAAAGACUUAAUCAAAUGGCACUUACAGUAUAUGUCCUCAUUAAUAAAAACAACAUUUGUAAUGAUUAACUGUCAUCAAAGACCAAUUUCGGAAAAGAACCUUAAAAUGACGUUUGUAAUUUUUUUAUUUUUUGUUAUACAUGUUCUGUCGCAUAUAUCUGAAUCAAAAGAGAUUUAUAAUUGCCAAUUACUUAAUUGCUUUCGUAGUACUAGUUUAAGUUAAAACACUGUUAGUAUUCUCUUUCUGUUUACAGUAUUUAAUGUUCUCAGGGAAUUUAAAAGUGCAUUUAUUGUAGCUACUUAUAAUGUAUAAUAUCUAUUUUUAUUGUAUUCGGAAUAAGAAACGUUAAUUUUUCAAUUAAGGAGAGAUACGAUAGACAAAUCAUCAUUAGAAAUAAUAAUUACAACUACUUACUUAUAGCCUUAAUUUAUGUAUGUAACAUUGAAAGCAAACAGUUUAACUUUGUAUCUUUCAGUUAGUUGAAUUAUGAUUUCGAUAAACCUCACUAUUUUCAAGUUCUAUGGCAUGCAGACCAUAUACAUGUACUAGUAAAGUCUAUCAAGCAUUUUUAUUUGGUGUUCAUUACCCCUUUUUAUCUUCCGCUAAGUUAAACUGAAAAGAUGCUUGCUAAUAACCUUUAAGUAAUGUAUGUUAUAAUGCAUAUACUUGUAUCUAAAUCAAAUGAGUUUGUUUAGGCAGGUUAUUGGCCUUGUUAGUCUAUACUCAUAUAAUAUUGAAAAAACACAAAUGAACGUGCAAUAAUAGACAUUGUGCCAUAUUAUUGGUAUCACUGCCAUUAUUGGCAUACUUAUAGAAUCAUCUUAAUAUGUACUGUUGUGAUGUUAUCAUUUACAUGUUUAUGUUCUCCUCAGUUCUUAUCUUUUAUUUCUAAUAUAUAAACUGUGAUUUUCUGAAAGAGAAAUAAAUGUAUGGUGUAUCAGUUUUCGUUUGCUAAUGUCUUUUCUGAUACUUAAGUUGGGACCAAAAUACAUUAUAAAAAUAGUAUACACAUAGAAUUAAAAUUUGCCUCACACUAUUGGUCCAGAAGAAUCCAUUGAUAACUUUAGUAGAAGAGAAAAAAAUAAGGGGACGACAAUUAACUCAAGAUUGCUGUACCUACAAAAAUGAAUAUUGGGAAGCAAGUUUUAGAUGUAGCAGAUAAUGAGAUAUAGUUUUAUUUUGGGCUUCUAUCUGAUUGGUGAAACUUUUCUCCCAAAUUUAUAUCGUAAAGUCCAUACAAUCAUUUGAAAACGUAAAACAUUGUUUUAGUUCAGUUUGGCUCAUUUUCAACAGAUCUAUCAUCUUUUUCAUUGUAGUAGUGUUUGUGCAUGCUAUUCAAUGGACAUAAUUGAGGUCUCCAAACUUUUAACCUUUUUUUUUAAUUCCAAAUGUUUUUUAAAUAGCCAAUGGUGAUCAUUUUAAAAAGUCAAAAAGUGUUUUAAUUUUCUGACAUUUUUUAGGUCUUGAAUUGAUUGUUCUAUCAUAUGUUUUAUAAAGCAAUAUCAUACAAUAAACUCGUGCUGCUGAAAAUGUGUAUAUGAAGUCAAUUUGGAUGGACAUUCUAUAUCUACAGUUCUGCCUGAAAAAUCUCACUUUAUUCCUUUUGUUUUCAGAUAAUUUUGAGUUGUAACUAGUACUUUUAAUGCAUGUUAAGUGUAGAAUUUAGUCAAAUAACUACUGCAAAUCCUUAUACUGUGUGUUGUAUUAAAAUAACCAUGUAAUUGUUAUAUCAUAUCAAACACAACUUUGUAUUGACUCAUAUCAUUUUAUCGAUGGUAAUAAAAGUAAAGAAACAAA